CGGGGUCUGCUUCCGGGCUGUGCAGCCACGCUAGAGCGCCGGGCUCUGCGGGCGGGGCAGCGCUUCUGCCGCGGGCUGUGCCAGCUCUGCCUGGGGCUCUGCCUGGGGCUGUGCCAGCCCUCACCAGGACAAGGGGCAGUGGGCAGGGACCGAUGCCCAGGAAGUUCCACCUGAACGUGAGGAAGGACUUCUUUAAACACCUGGAAUACGUUGCCCGGAGAGGACAAUGGUCCCUCACCAGAGAUAUUCCAGACCCAUCCUCACACAAUCCUGUGCCCUGUGCUCCGGGCUGGCCCUGCUGGAGCAGGGAGGUGGCACAGGAUGAGCUGCCAUCGUCCCUUCCAGCCUGACCCAGCUGGGAUCCCGUGCUGUGGGUCAGGGCUGUGAAGUGCCAGCCUCCUAGGCCCUGGGGGCACCGUUCUGGGGGCACCUGAGGGCCCAGCCCUCCCUGGCUGUGGUUCCCCUCCCACCCCUCACCAGACCCCGGGUUUUCAGCCUCUCCCCUCUAACUUGUGCCGUGCUGGGGCAGUACAGACACUCGCGGAGGGCCCCACCAGGGCUUCUGCCAGGUGCCAUGGCCACAGCCGCUUUCCAGGACUCAGCACCAGCUCAGCUCUGUUUCCCUCUGGGCACAGCCACUCUGCUGUGUGCCAGCACCAUCACCAUGCACGUCUCCAGGCCCAAAUCUGCCAAGGGACAGAGGCCAAGCUUGAGCCACCGUCAGGGCACGGAAGCCUGUCCGUGCCAUGCGCCAUCUUCCCCGCCAGCAGCCUCUCCUCGGGAAUUAGUGAAGAGCUGGAGAGCGCCGCUCAUGAAAGCGGCGUUCCCACCUGCCCAGGUGUCUCCUGAGAAAAUCCCAAAGCUCCUGCAGCACGUGCCUUUGAAGAGCUCCUCCUCCCUGAACAAGUACCGGGUGCUCCCCUCCAUCAUCCGGAAGGGUGCAGGGAGCAGCGCCGUGGAAGCGUUGGCUGAACGGACCAACCGGCUGGAAGUGAGCGAGGGGCAGGAGGAUGCUCUGAAAACCAUCAAGACUUUUUCUGGAGGACAGGAAUUUGCCAGCACACUUUCAGGAAGUGGCAUUCCUACUGAAGAGAGCUCACACAUGCACUGUGCCCCUGAGCAGUGGGGAAGGCAGGCGAGGCAGGAGAGCCCUUGGGUGUUCCCUGCCAGCCUGGAAGAGACACACGUGCUGCUCGCUGUCCGGUCUCCCUCUGGGCGGAGGUUUGAGCACCACUUCAAGCCCUCUGACAGCCUCCAGACGGUCCUUGCCGUGGCAGGACAGAAACUGUUGGCCAGUUACCAACACUGCAGCGUUGAAACCAUGGAGGUGCCCCGGAGGAGCUUCUCUGACCUUACAAAGUCCCUUCAUGAGUGUGGGAUCCUCCCCAAGUCCGUGCUGUGCAUCCGACAGGAUGAGCAGCACGAUGCAGCAGAUCUUUAGGCACACUGAGACACCGUGGAUCCUUCUGCUCAGUGGGGUGCAUUGCUUCUUCCAAAAAACUGAGAGUCUUGAUGCUUCCAGCACCUUCUUCUUAAUCUUCUAUCUCCCACAAAAUCCCCAUCCAGCAGAGUUAUGGAUAUGUAAUAGUACUUGAAAUAGUAUUUCAGAAAAUAGUUAUUUCAGAUGCACAAACCUGAUUCAUACAGAACAGCCUGUGCCAUCACAAAUUUCUGCCUCAGCACCACCAACCUUCAGCCUUUCUGGUUUGUUGAAGUUGCUGAUGUUCUCUGAAAACUUAGGUUUCCAAGACCUCUCCCCUUGUCCUUUUCUAUGUCUUGGGAAGGUACCACUUCUCUGAAUGCAGAAGCACCAUUUGGGAAGGUAGAAACAGAACUAGUUUAGCUACAGGACCACCUUCAGUAGCUUAUUGUUAUCCUAAACAUCUUCUCAAGAGACUGAAAAGGAAAUCAAACCCCAAACCCGUCUGGAAAUAACAGUAAUAACACAUGAAUGAGUUAUUGUAAAGUAUUAAAUUGCAAGACUGAUCGUGAAAUACCUGUGAGGGCUCAGGUCUUUCUGGGUAACUUCAGUCCAGCUCUUAACUGUGACUAAAUCAUAUUUUUAAGAACAAAUAAUUAUUAUCUUGGCUGUCCUGGGGAGCAACA